AUGGCCUCUGUGCGUUCUAUUUCUACCAGGCCCUUUGAGGGCCAGAAGCCAGGCACCUCUGGUCUGCGCAAGCGUGUUGCUGUGUUCAAGCAGGAGCACUACACCGAGAACUUUGUCCAGGGCAUCUUCACCGCGAUGCCGGCCCCUGGUCCCCAGGGCGCUACCGUUGUCGUCGGCGGUGACGGGCGGCCAUCAUCCGCAUCGGCGCCUGGCAACGGUAUCGCCAAGUUCAUUAUUGGCCAGGACGGCAUCCUGUCGACCCCGGCUGCAUCGGCUGUCAUCCGCAAGCGCGAGGCCGACGGCGGCAUCAUCCUCACAGCCUCGCACAACGCGGGAGGUCCCGAGAACGACUUUGGCAUCAAGUACAACACCCGCAACGGCUGGACCCGCGCCCGAGGCCGUCACCGACGCCAUCUACGAGGCCACGCGCACUAUUUCCGAGUGGGCACGCAGAGAUUUGAGGGCUUCGAGGUUGAGGUCAUUGACCCGGUCGCCGACUACGUGGAGCUGAUCAAGACCAUCUUCGACUUUGAGCUGAUCAAGUCGUUCCGCACCGAGCACGCCGACUUCAAGCUGCUGUUUGAUGGCCUCAACGGCGUCACCGGUCCCUACGGCCGCCGCAUCUUCGUCGAGGAGCUCGGCUUCCCCGAGACUUUGGUGGCUCGCACCCCUGAUCCCAACCUGAUCUACGCCCACAAGCUGGUCGAGCGUGUCGAGAAGGAGAAGAUUGACCUCGGUGCUGCGUCUGAUGGCGACGGCGACCGGAACAUGAUCAUCAGCCACGACUGGUUCGUCACGCCGUCAGACUCGGUUGCGCUGAUUGCCGAGUACGCCGAGCAGGCCAUCCCGUACUUCAAGGGCGGGCUCAAGGGCCUGGCGCGGUCGAUGCCCACGUCGUGCGCCAUCGACCUGGUCGCCAAGGCCAAGAACCUCGAGGCCUUCGAGGUGCCUACUGGCUGGAAGUUCUUUGGCAACCUAAUGGACGCCGGCCGCCUGUCAAUCUGCGGCGAGGAGUCGUUCGGCACCGGCUCGGACCACAUCCGCGAGAAGGACGGCAUCUGGGCCGUGCUGGCCUGGCUCAACAUCAUUGCCUUUGCCAACAAGGGCAAGCCCGGAGCGUCUGUGCGCUCGAUCAUGUCCGAGUUCCACCACAAGUACGGCCGCAACUACUUUACGCGCUACGACUACGAGGAGGUCGAGUCUGAGGGCGCCAACAAGAUGAUGGAGCGCCUGCGCGGCCUGGCCCAGGAGGGCGGCGAGAACGAGGUUGUCGGCCAGACCUUCCACGGCUACAAGGUCGCCAAGAUCGACGACUUUGAGUACCACGACCCCAUCGACCACAGCGUGUCCAAGAAGCAGGGCGUGCGCGUCAUCUUCGAGGACACGUCGCGCGUCAUCUUCCGCCUGUCGGGCACUGGCUCGCACGGGGCGACCGUGCGCAUCUACAUUGAGCGCUACGACCGGAAGGAGCUGGACCUGGACGCCCAGGUUGCGCUCAAGCCGCUGGUCGACGGAGCCCUGGAGAUCUCCAAGCUCGAGGCCUUCACGGGCCGCAAGGUCCCCACUGUCAUCACAUAA